AUGAUUAAGAAAUGUGAAGUGCUGGGUGAUCCACGAAUCAACGAGAAUCCGGGUUUGUUGAGCUUUGGGCUGAUUCUGUAUCGAUGGCACAACAUUCAAGCUCAACGCAUACAAGCCGCAAACCCCACAUGGACCGAUGAAGAAGGUGCUCGUCGUUGGGUUAUUGCAAUUCUACAGAAGAUAACCCUCUACGAUUUUCUGCCGGCAAUUCUGGCCGAUGAUAAUGCCGUACCACCGUAUACCAAAUAUCACCCACACGUUCCACCGGGCAUAUCGCACGCAUUCGCAACGGCAGCAUUCCGUUUUCCGCACUCUAUUAUUCCACCCGGUUUGUUGUUCCGUAAGCGCAACAAUGGAACAUGUGAAUUUCGUACUGAAAUCGGUGGCUAUCCAGCGCUAAGACUAUGUCAGAACUGGUGGAAUGCGCAAGACAUCGUGCAGGAAUAUUCGGUUGAUGAGAUCGUUCUGGGGAUGGCAUCGCAAAUAUCCGAACGUGAGGACAGCAUUGUCGUUGAGGAUCUUAGAGGUACGUAUCGUUAUGGCAUGCAUCGCUUUACACAUGCCAAGUGA